AUGGGAAGAAGCCCUUGUUGUUUAAAGGUGGGACUGAAUCGAGGUGCUUGGACAGCCCAGGAAGAUAAAAUCCUCCGAGAGUAUAUUAAUGUCCAUGGCCAAGGAAAAUGGAACACGCUUCCCUUAAAAGCAGGUUUGAAACGUUGUGGUAAAAGUUGCAGACUUCGAUGGUUGAAUUAUCUGAGACCAGAUAUUAAGAGAGGCAAUAUAUCCCCAGAUGAAGAAGACCUUAUAAUCAGACUUCACAAGCUCCUCGGAAACAGAUGGUCUCUAAUAGCUGGAAGGCUUCCUGGACGAACAGACAAUGAAAUAAAGAAUUACUGGAACACUAAUUUAUGUAAAAAAGUUAAUACAAGGAACGCACAGAAAUCAAAGCUCUCGUCUGUUCCUAAUGAGUCCCAUGUGAGCAAGUCCAUUGAACAACAGGAAACAGAGCCAGAGCCAUUGCUAGUGAACGAUGGUGCCAAUAAUUCAAUCAGUAACAAAAUGGAGACUGCGGGUGUGUGCGACGAUGGAGGUUUGUCAUUUCCCAGUGAUGAGAAAGAACUCUCAACGGAUUUGCUCUUAGAUUUUGAUGCUGGGGAUAUUUGCUUACCUGAUCUUCUUAACUCGGAUUUCUCACAUGUAUGCGAUUUCAGUUACAACAACAACGAUGAGUAUCUAUUACCUUUUUCGGAUCAACCUUUCGUGUCCUCUCAUGAAAUUCACCUGGACACGACACAGAUAUGGUUUUGUGAUGAAACAAAUGUGGAAAAUAACAACUUUUUUGAGGGGAAUGAUAAUUGCUGUUAG